UGGAAGUUUCUUCUAUUUCCUAGGUAGGGGAGGGUGGUAUGAGAUUGGAGGAUCUGUGGAUAGUCGAUUGUGCUGUGGCUGGUCUAUAUAGGAGUUGCGGCACAGAGUCUGCCUAGCAUUUCCUACUAGCCGUGACAUACCGAGUAAGAGCGAGAUUCAGCCGACGCACAGUGGGUCGGUGAUGAUGACAGCUUAACGCCGACUGAUGAGGACCCUGUCGCUAAGUCCAUGGAUAUCUCCGCCUUGGCCUAGCAAAUUAGUGGGGCACGCACUACAAGGAUGGUUCCGGCUUGCCGAGAGUGGGGCCUCGGUUUCAUUUCCCGGGCGCAUGAGAUCAUGAGUGGUUUACCUGCCGGAGCUUACCUGUACAACCGAGAGCAUGUUUAAAAGCGUGCCAUCCGCUACGGAGUUGAUCAUAGGUCUCCUUGGGAACUAAAAGAGCUUGCAGAAUCUCAGACAUAGCAUCAUGAGCAAAGCUUGGUUAAUCACCGGCGCAUCGUCCGGUCUUGGAGCCGCGCUAGCUCACCAUGUCCUCCGAGCAGGCCACAAGGUCGUCGGUGCGGUGCGGACUAUAUCCAAGGCGCAACAAAGCUACCCUCAUUUUGAGGAACUAGGAGGCGUAUGGGCACAACUCGACGUGACGGACCCCCAAACAAAAGAGCAUAUUGCGCGCCUCUCCCGCGAGCAUGGAGGUUUUGACGUCGUGGUGAACAACGCCGGGUACUCCAUCCUGGGCAGUAUUGAAGAUAUGAACGAGACCGAAAUCCACCAGCAGAUCGACACAAACCUCUACGGCCCGAUCCGCGUCAUCCAGGGCUGCCUCCCCUCCAUGCGCGAGAAGAAGACCGGGUGCAUCGUCAACAUCUCCAGCGUCGCGGGCCUGAUCGGUCGUCCCGCUACAGCGUUAUAUUCCGCCAGCAAGUUCGGUCUUGAAGGUCUUUCGGAGAGCUUGGCAGCCGAGCUGGCCGAAUUCGGCAUUCGGGUGCUCAUCGUGCAGCCUGGCGGCUUCCGCACCGGGUUUCUCUCCGCGUACGUGAAACCCGCGGCGGGAUUGAACUCGGCGUAUGAGGGCACAGCGCUGGGCGGAGCGAUGCAGCGUUACGACACGGUCGACGGGACGCAGCGGGGUGAUCCGGAGGAGGCGGCCGCGCGGAUCCUCGACGCCGUCGAGCAGCAGGGUCUCUGCGCCCGGGCAGCUUCGUAUCUCCGCAUGCCGCUGGGGUCGGAUUGUUAUGCGGUGUUGCGGGGUAAGGUUGAUGGGCUGAAGGAGAAUAUGGAUAACAUGGAAGCGAUUGCGCAUAGUACGGAUUAUACCCAGUGAGGC